CAAUCAGUAAAACAAGCAAAGAGAGAUCGGAGGGUUCGUACGGUCAUUAGGCUCGAGCUGGAUACCUGCGCGGCCACGCUCUUUGGGGAGGUCCCUCUCCCAAGACAAGACGAGUGUUUCCUAUCUCUUGGUCCCAUCUUCGUCCUCGUGAUCUUCUUCUUCUCCUCCUCCUUCGUGCUCGUAGUCGUCGCGUCCUCGACGAGGCCCACUCAUUCCCUCGCUUCCCUUCGCUACGAGAGCCAGCGUCCGGCUGACGUUUCAAUUAUUCGCCGCAACUGGACAGACGUAACAGGUCGCCGCGACUUUCGGCGCGCGGCACACGAGAGAAGCAGCGGAGCACGGGAGCAGGCAGCGCCGCGGCGGAAGCGCGUAAAUGCCUGCCACGGCGGCUUUCAGCUAAACGAGAUUCCAGGAUGCCGGGGCCGUCGAGACGGCUGGCGAGUGGCGCCGCGGGCGCGGCCCUGCUGGCGCUGCUGCUGUCGGCGAGCUGGAGCUACGCCUGCAACGAGGCGAUCUGCGCCAGCGUGGUGAGCAAGUGCAUGCUCACGCAGAGCUGCAAGUGCGACCUGGUGACGUGCACCUGUUGCAAGGAGUGCUUCUCCUGCCUGUCCUACCUCUACGACGAGUGCUGCUCCUGUGUGGAUCUGUGCCCCAAGCCCAACGUGACGGACAACCCGCUGAGCAAGAAGUCGCACGUGGAGGACUUCAACGAGCCGGUGCCCGGGCUGUUCCAGGCGCUCACCGCCGAGCCCGACGCCCACGAGCGCUGGCUGACCUUCACCUACCCCGUGGACUUCGACGUGAGCCUGUUCUCGCCCAAGCAGGACAAGGAGCUCAAGUACCACAUGCUGUCGGACAACCCCGAGGGCCAGAACAGCCACCCGCUGAAGCCCAACGUGAUGACGGUCAACUGCACGGUGGCCUACAUGGCCCACUGCAACUCGUGGAACAAGUGCAGGCAGGCCUGCCAGAGCAUGGGGGCGACCAGCUACCGCUGGUUUCACGACGGCUGCUGCGAGUGCGUCGGCGACACGUGCAUCAACUACGGCAUCAACGAGUCGCGCUGCCUGCACUGCCCGCUCGACAAGGAGGACGAUCCCAAGGACCAGUACGACGACUACGGCCAGGACGACGAGUUGGCCGAGGACGAGGUCGACUGAGCCCCCGCC